UGUAGAUUCUUGUUUAACCGGAGGAAGAAUGGCAGCAAGGAAAGGUUCAGUAAAGCUUCUGGGUAUAUCACCGAGCGUGUACGUGAACCGGGUUCAAAUCGCACUGAAUCUAAAGUCAGUUGACUAUGAGUUCUUGCAGGAGGAAAUAUACGGCUCAAAGAGUGAACUGCUUCUUAAAUCAAACCCGGUUCAUAAGAAAAUCCCAGUAUUGUUUCAUGAAGAUAAGACCAUAUGCGAGUCCCUUAUCAUAGUAGAGUACAUCGAUGAGUACUGGACAUCAGGACCAUCAAUCCUCCCCGCAGACCGAUAUGAUCGCGCCAUCGCCCGUUUCUGGGCUGACUAUUUGGACGACAAGGUAAGUAUGUAAUCAAUCAAUUAACUACCUUUUUUUUGCCUAUUCUAAAGUAGACUUAGUGGAAUGAAUUG